AUGGCCAAGAAUAACCUCACCAGAGUAGCUGAGUUCGUUCUCACAGGCUUUACUGGUCAUCCGAACCUGGAGAUGCCCCUUUUCCUGCUCUUUCUCAGUUUCUAUCUUGUCACCCUUCUGGGGAAUCUGGGGAUGGUGGUUCUCAUCCAAGUGGAUGUCCAGCUCCACACCCCAAUGUACUUCUUCCUGAGCCACCUCUCCCUGAUAGAUGCCUGCUACAGCUCAGUCAUCACCCCUCAGAUCCUGGCCACACUGGCCACAGGCAAAAUGGUCAUCUCCUAUGGCUGCUGUGCUGCCCAGUUCUUCUUCACCAUCUGUGCAGCCACAGAGUGUUUCCUGCUGGCAGUGAUGGCCUAUGACCGCUGUGUUGCUAUUAGCAACCCACUGCUCUACGCAGUGGCCAUGAAUCCCAGAAUCUGCUGGAGUUUGGUGCUGGGAGCCUAUGUCUGUGGGAUGUCUGGGGCCAUCCUGAGAACCACAUGCACCUUCUCCCUCUCUUUCUGUGAGGACAACCAGAUCAACUUCUUCUUCUGUGACCUCCCGCCCCUGCUGAAGCUUGCCUGCGGUGACACAAUGAACGCUGAGAUCAUCAUUGUCUUCUUUGGCAACUUUGUGAUUUUGGCCAAUGCCUUGGCCAUCCUCAUUUCCUACCUGCUCAUCAUCAAGGCCGUUUUGAGGGUGAAGUCUGCAGGUGGCAGGGCCAAGACUUUCUCCACAUGUGCCUCCCACCUCACCGCCGUGGCCCUUUUCUUUGGGACACUGAUCUUCAUGUAUAUACGAAGCGGCUCAGGCAACUCGCUGGAGGAAGACAAGGUGGUGUCCGUCUUCUACACUGUGGUCAUCCCCAUGCUGAACCCUCUGAUCUACAGCCUGAGGAACAAGGAUGUGAAAGCUGCCAUCAAAAAGGUCACCAGUAGAUUCCAGGUGUCCCAGAGCGGGUAG